UAAAAGGUACAUUAAUGGCUACUAGACAUGGAUCAAAAUCUAAAAGACCUAGUCCAAGAGCAGCAGCCAGUAACAAUUCACUAUCAUCAUCAACCACGUCAUCGUCGCGGCAAUUUUUAGAACCUUCUGUUGAUGGUCUGAGCUCACCGGCAUCAUCAUCUACAAAAAGUAAAGUUCAUUACUUAUACUCGGAAAGUUUGUCUUUGGAUGCUGAGAAAUCCAAAGAGAAUGUUACAGUCACAGUGCGCUUCCGCCCUCUAAGUCCAAGAGAAAUUCGUCAAGGAGAUGAGAUUGCAUGGUACGCAGAUGGUGAUACUAUAGCAAGAAAUGAGCACAAUCCAUCAAUAGCAUAUGCAUAUGGUAUAUUUAAUAAAUUACUUCACUAUUGUUAUUUGAUGGAUUUGUAUAGUCAAAAUUUGGAAUCUGCAUGUGAAAACCAAAACAGAGAAACAUAGACGUAU